AUGGCACGAUCACUCCUCCAAGCCGUUGCUCUGACUGCGGCUCUCGCUCUUUUCACAACACCAGUAUCAGCUCAGUCAGCAUCAGCUUCCCCGACAUCCACAAACGCCCCCAAAGCGAUCCAAACCCUAGGCUGCUACAACGCGGUAGACCCUUUGAGCUCGCAAGGAGACUACACCUUUCAAACCUCAGGUUACUGCCAAGGAAUAUGUGUGCAGUUAAACAAGCCUGUGAUGGCCAUAACUGGGGGAUCAACGUGUUAUUGUGGUAACGAAUUGCCGGCCCUUGAUGCUGAAGUUGCCUUGAGCAAUUGCAACUCACCAUGCAACGGCUACUCCCAGCAGACUUGUGGUGGCAUCGGCUACUGGCAAGUGUACCUUACUGGAUUGACCGCAGACGUUGAAACCGCCCCGAACAGUACCAGCAGUUCGAGCAGCUCAUCCCCUACCCAGUCCGGUGAGGGCUCGAGUACAACCCAGCCUGCAGUCGUUACCAAACCGGGCGAGACCAUUGUCGUGACGGCUUCGGCUUCGGCUGCCCCUGACAAAUCAUCAUCUGGCGGAAGCAGCAAGGUUGGCAUUGCAGUCGGCGUUGUCGUUGGUGUCGUUGGUCUCGCUGGCAUUAUUGGAGGCGUCCUCUUGUACUUGAGACAUAAGAGGAACCGCGAAAUUGAAGAAGAACACCGUCGUAAUGCAGCGGUCAGUUCGUUUGUCGGAUCAGGGAAGUCAGACAAGUCAUCGACGGAUCAGCGCCUUGAUCCCUCGAUCUACUCACAUCGUCGACAAAGCAUUGGUAGCAUCGCCGAUGAGCGAGAUUUCUCCAGGAGGAUAUUGCAGGUAUGUGGAUUGGUCCUGACAACAGCUUAUGAAAACCGCUAA